GAAGCCGAACGGAAGAUGCUGUUGUCUUGCUGUCGAUCACUUUCGAUCAGGAGCUGCUGAGAACCGGAACGUUGUCGUUGCGGCGUGGAUCGAAAGUGGUGUGUUUGUGGUGUUGUGUGUGUGUGUGCGCUGUGCGUGUUGGUGGUAUCCUACAGCAGUAUGGCUUCAGUGAUACCGCGCGUUGAUGUCGUGUUCCUGGCGUACAGUGAGGAUGCCGGAAAGGCACCGUCCGUUACGCUGGACAGCAUCUGCACGGUCAGUUUGUACGAGCUGCAGCGGCACCUGCAGGUGAAGCGAACCGAGCGCAACAGUAUGGGUGCCGAAGCGUACAAACACUACAAAUGGUACAAUGCAGCACUGGUCGAAGAAUUGCGCACGACGGGGAAAGGACAACCGCGGCCACUGCUGCAGGCUUUCCACUGGUACAUUGAAACGUCCAACCGCUGUGGGUUCCGGGUCGAGGGUCAACAGUACGAAGCGGUGUCGCUGGUGGUGGCCGCCGAGGUGGAGCGCUGGUACUGUGCCCGAUCCGGCCACAGUGCCCAGGGCAGUCGUGCACGGGUAGUCUCGAACGUCCCAAUUGGAGCAGCAUUCACAGGAACUACACCAUCCGCAAAGACACCGGUUGUUGCCGUUCAUCCACGGCAGCAUCAUCCAAGCAGCCACCGGUCGACAACUCUCGAAAGAAUUGGAGAGGAAUGCUAAGUCGCGUGCACCUUGUGGAGGAGAUCGAAGAAGAUUGUAAUUGUGUAACGGAGUUUUCAAUGUGUGAUAUGUCCCUGUCCUGUUUUCUGUUCAAAAAGCCGAUACCCGAUCUCACAACAAUAAAUUCUUUUUUAUUACAUAUCUCAAUGGAUGUACGACCCGCUAGCGAACGGGGGCUGGCUGUUGCUAGCAGCAGUACAUUAACAUUAGGAUUCUCGGUGUGUAUGCUGUGUGUUGUAGGUGGCUCUGUUGGGGUACGGCAUUUAAUGUUUACCUUCAGAAUCACGUAUAGUGUAAGAUUAGAUUAUCUAUAACAUUUGCUCUCUCUCUAGCAUCUCAUCUACAUCCAGUCCCACUCUCAGUUGUAGGCAGAGUGGAAGGAAGAGAGAGAUAGAAAGAGUGUUUGUAUGUGUGUGUGUGUUUGUGUAGUUCUGUCUUCAUCCCCGCAAUAAUACCUCACGAUUACUGGAUAUUCACUACAGUGUUUAGCGUCACUGGCCUUUGUUAUCGCUUUUUGUUCGAUUCACCGGUGCGAUAUUAUGCUUUUGAGGGUUUUUUUGGUAUCAUCAUAUCAGCAUGGCUACUACCCUUCGAUCGUGAUCGUGAUGUGUGUGUGUGUUAGAAAUCAUUUCGUAAUAAUACUUUUCACUAAUAGCACAGAACAAACAACAAAACAACACUUUAGAGAUAGAAUUAGAUUUGCAAGUGGGUGCUAAUGUUAACACAAUAAACGAUAAAUAUUACUUAAAGAAAACGAAAACAAUACACGAAACGACGGUCUACUUAAAGCGAACCGUUUUUCGCAGACAUUUCCUAAGAAACAUCGAAAAGAAGAUAAGGAAACACAAUUUGUGUAUGUGUGUGUGGGUGUGUAUGUGUAAUGUUGCUUAAAGCUUCGCCUAAAGCGACAACGAAAGAUUGGCAAAGACUUGUUCGCUAUGGCUUCAGAUGUUGCCCCAUCUGCCCCUUUCCGUUGGAGGAGGUAAUGUUACGCUUCUUUGGGGUUUUUUUUCCCGGGCACACUUAAGCGCACGGCGAGUCGGUCGACAUUUCUUCCUCGACCGUGAUGUACAUGCCCUCCUCCUCGUAGGUGGAGUCGUGUUUGGCCAGAAUUCUUAGCAGCGGGCGCAGCUUCAACCACCACUGAUGCUUGGGGAUGCGUUGCCUGGAAGGGGGCAAAAAAAGGGCGUUCAAUAUAAGCCGGAAGUUGCCCGAAAAGAAUGACACCAGCGCACGCUACUUACAUAAAGUUGGUCUCACCAAUCAGCUCCUUGAGCGGGGAGAAUUUGUACUGACGACGCACCAGACCCAGCAGGCAGGCCGUCUCGGGAGCGGUAGCAUUGAUCGACCCGUCCGGCUGAGUGUUGGCCUUCAGCUGCUCCACCAGCCACUCGACGCACUUGGCCGCCAUCUUGGUGCCCAUGUUACGAUCGAACGGGGUGGGCGAACCGCCCUGCUGCAUGUGGCCGAGCACGUUCAUGCGCGUCGAGAACAGUCCCUUGCCCUCCUCCGAGUACAGCCGGUAGAUGAACUCGGUGUUGUAGUUUUCGGACGCCUUUUCGUUGCGCAGAAUCAACCCGCGCUGCACGCCGUCGCUCAUCUUCGACGCCAUAUGGUACACGUCCUGCUGCAGAUCCUUGAUCGUGAACUUCUCCUCGUAGAUGUAGGCCGCAUCGGCACCGCCGGCCAGUCCGGCCAACGUUGCCAGAUAGCCACAGUAGCCGCCCAUCGUCUCGAUCACAAACACGCGGCGCUUCGUACCCUGGGCCGACUGGCGGAUGCGAUCGCAAAUCUCCGUGAUUUCGUUAAGCCCCGUGUCGGCGCCGAGCGAAAACUCCGUGCCGGGCAUGUUGUUCGAGAUCGUGGACGGAAUGACGACGAUCGGGAUGCAGAACUCCUUGAACUUGCUGCGCUGGUCCGUGAUCUGGCCGGCGGCGUGGUACGCCUCGAACCCGCCCACAAUCAGCAGCGCCUGGAUGCCGAACUCCUUCAGCCGGGCGGCAAUAUCCGCGAACUUGCCCUCUGGCAGCGUGCGCUUCGUGCCGAGGAACGCACCGCCCUGGCCCACCCAACCGGUCACGUCGGACCACUCCAUCUUCUUGAUGUGGCCCGCCACCAACCCCUCGAUACCGUCGUGGAUGCCCAUCACCGUGUCGCCUCGGUAGAUGCAGUUGCGCACGAACGAACGCACGGCCGCAUUCAUGCCGCAGGCCGGCGCACCGAUGUGCAUCACGGCCAUCGUGUAGCCACCGAGACCGCGGCCCUGCUCGUCGAACGCACUCUUCGGCGGCUUCAGGCGCGUCAGCAUCUUGUACGUCUCGAGAUUGCGUGCGAACGAGCGGCCACGCAGCUGCACCGCCAGCUCCCAGUUCUUGUCCUCCAUCGCUUUGGCGACGGCUUUCGUCCGCUCGACACACUCCAUCAGCGGCACCCGGACGGCCUGGUUGCCGUCGAGCGAUACGACGCACGGUUCCGUCUUGUCGUCCGCUUCCAUCAGUGCCAGCACAGCUUCAGCACCCAUGCGGCAACCC